AUGAAACGCUAUGGACGCGAUUCCUGUAUUGUCAUAUCGGGAGAAUCCGGAGCUGGAAAAACAGAGACUAGUAAGAUUAUCAUGCGAUAUCUGGCCGCGAUCACAAAUCAGCAACAACAGAAGGAAAUUGAGAGGGUGAAGAAUAUCCUUUUGCGAUCGAACUGCAUUUUGGAAUCACUCGGCUGCGCCAAAACGAACCGCAACGAUAACUCGAGUCGAUUCGGCAAAUACAUGCACAUCAAUUUCAAUUUCAAUGGAGAUCCCGUCGGUGGAAAUAUCUCCAACUAUUUAUUGGAAAAGUCCCGUGUUGUUCGACAACAACGCGGUGAGCGGAACUUUCAUGUGUUCUACAAUCUUCUGCGUGGAUUCGAUGACGGUCACCUAAGGGAACUUGGACUCACGAAGGACCCGAACAACUACUACUACCUGAAUCAGGGAGACUGUCUACAGGUGAGAUUCUUCCUGUGUGCUGCAGCUAUAGUCGAGUUUACGCGUUUACGCGCGAGUAAUCGAUUUGCGAAGAGCUGCGAAGGUCAGCUCGAUCAUCAGAUUUCGAUCCAGUUCUCUGUGUCCUCGAUCAACGAUGCGCAGGAUUUCAAGGAAGUUCAGCGUUCUUUCAAAGCAAUCAGUGGUUUCCAAGAUGCUGAAAUUGAUGAGCUGUGGUCAGUGAUUGCCGGCAUCCUGCACCUUGGCAAUCUCACAUUUGCCGACUCGGACAACUCAACUGGCCAUUGCCAUGUCGUCGACAAAGAGACACUUCGGCGUGCUGCUAAAUGUCUCUCAGUCACUACAGAUCAGCUCCAAAAUGCGCUCACAUCUCAGGUUGUAGCUGCACGAGGGGAUGUCGUCGCUAAAGCGCAUGAUGUGAACGCGGCGUUGUACACGAGAGACGCAUUGGCUAAGGCUAUCUAUGACCGCCUCUUCUCCUGGGUUGUGCAAAAGAUCAACGAGUCGAUUACAGUGGAGCAAACAUCACGCUACAAUAAGGGCACCGUCAUCGGUGUACUUGAUAUUUAUGGAUUCGAAAUUUUUGGCACUAAC